CCGCCUCUUGUGCGGGUCUCGCCCCCAAGGGCACAGCCGACGCCGCUUCGGAGCCCCGCGGGGCGGGGCGGGGCGACUCCUCCCGCGGCCCCGCCCAGGUUCCCCGGAGACCCCGAGCGCGAGUGCUGCCUGCCCCGCCCCUUCCUUCGCCCGGCGUGGCGCCCUCGGUGUCCCGGGUGCGCCCGGCCCGACAUGCCGCCCCACUGCCUGUCAGCGGAGGACGAGCAGCGCUGCCGGCGGCUGCUGGCAGGGGCCACUGCCCGACUCCGCGCGCGGCCCGCAGCGGCCGCCGUGCUCGUGCCGCUGUGCUCGGUGCGCGGGAUCCCAGCGCUGCUCUACACGCUGCGGUCCAGCCGCCUGGCCGGGAGGCACAAGGGCGACGUCAGUUUCCCAGGUGGCAAGUGGGACCCCACUGACCAGGACGUGGUACACACAGCCCUGAGGGAGACCCGUGAGGAGCUGGGCCUUACUGUGCCUGAAGAGCAUGUGUGGGGCAUCCUGCAGCCUGUGUAUGACCAGCAAAAGACCACCGUGGUGCCAGUGCUUGCCGGUGUGGGCCCCCUGGAUCCCCAGAGCCUCAGGCCCAACCCUGAGGAGGUGGACAAGGUGUUUGCCCUACCCCUGGCCCACCUGCUGCAGGAGCAGAACCAAGGCUAUACCCACUUCUGCCAGCGUGGCCACUUCCGCUACACUCUGCCCGUCUUCCUGCACGGGCCACACCGUGUCUGGGGUCUCACGGCCAUCAUCACAGAGUUCACCCUGCAGCUGCUGGCGCCCGGUGCCUACCAGCCCCGCCUGGCCCUCCCUAAGAGGUCCACGGGCUGAAGGCCUGGCCGUAAGCAGCACCCUUCCCUCACCCUGCUAGGCCAGCUCCAUUCCGGGACUGAAUAAAGAGCCUUGACCCAU